CGACCUAUCUCUGCAAUUCAAAUGAAUCUGGUCAAUGAUUCGAGGGUUACAUUUCCAACAAGAAGUUCUAUGACAAUUUAUCGCAAUCCUUGAGGACGGUCUUAGGGUGUGGAAUACCCGAACGGCCAAGAUGGCGGCGUCCAUGGCAGAUGCCGGGGAGUUUGAGAAGUGGUUGAAUCAUCGGCUAGACAAAUUAGAAGUGGACCAGGAGGUGUAUGGAGCUUAUAUCUUAGGAGUACUUCAGGAGGAGGAGAGUGACGAAGAAAAGGAGGACGCAUUGCAAGGAAUUCUAUCAGCGUUUUUGGAGGAUGAGAAACUUGAACAUGUCUGCAAAGAGAUCAUCAGACAGUGGAAAGAGACCUGUGCCCGGUCUGCAACCAAAAAUAAGGAGGAUGUUGAGGUACAGGCCAUUGCCAGUCUCAUAGAGAAGCAGGCACAGAUUGUGGUGAAACAGAAGGAGGUAUCUGAGGAGUCCAGAAAGAGGAAAGAAGCUAAAGAAGCGGUCCUGGCUCAGUACGCCAACAUCACAGAUGACGAGUGUGAAGCUGAAGAAGAAGAGCAGGUAGCAGCAGCUUGUUCACCCACUGGGGACAGAUCUCUUUUUAAGAACACCAAUGUGGAGGAAGUUCUGAACAGGAAGAAGCUGCAGAGGGACCAGGCUAAGGAAGAAUCGCAGAAGAAGAAGGAGAUGGACAAGAUGCAGCGUGAGAAGGAAAAACUCACCAAGCAGGAGAGAAAGGACAAGGAGAAGAAACGCACACAGAAAGGGGAACGCAAAAGAUGAGGACAUGACACUUUGGGACAUUAUCAUCAGGAAUAUUUUCGUAUUAUCAACCCCCUUAUAAAUGUAAUAUGACACAUUUUGCUGAACAAGAUAUUUUUUUUUUUUAUCCAUUACAAUUUUGGUUUUCUAUUAGAAUCAUGUGCAAGCUCCGGCUAAGGCUGGGAUACGGUUCGUCUAGGACACAGAGCAUCUGUCUGAACGCUGAUCAUUCUCUUCAACCGAUUUCAAAGUAAAUCAGGGGUUCAGUGUCGCGCCAGGUGUAAAGGAAAAGCCAAUACACUAUGGGGCCAGCCAGCACUAGGUCUGGCCUUGUCUUGUCAAUAACCUGGCUGCAUAGAAGUUAUAGGGGCUGGAUGUUUUUGUAUCGAUGCUUGUGUAGCUGCCUCUUCAAUAUGCCUCUUCUAAUACGGUGGCUGUCCAUCUGAGAAAUUAAAAUGUAGCACGCAAGCCGUAACUCUGAAGUGUUUAAAUGACAUUCAAAUGUUCUGCAAUGACUAGAGGGGGAUGUUGGAGGGGAAGUGAGGAUAAAAAGUUUUAAUGGGCUUGUUUCACUCAUCUGGUUUACCCAGAAAUGAAGUAUCCUGUAGUUGAUGAGAUGGUUAAUACCAGGGUACAUAACAAAGAUUUUGGAUACUAGAAAGAUAAUCGACUCUGGUCUUAGAAUUCUGGUCUGCUUAGUUCGUUGACAUCACUUACAACAGGCCAGGGUUAGGGAGCGUAAUUUCUUUGAAUUUGCCUUCCUCUUACAUAUCUGUCCAUAAGUUUUAAUAGAAGCGAAAGCACUUCAUGGCCGAGGUACAGAAAGUUAUAUCAGCUAAAUGUCCUCUUCCGAUAUAUGAAAGAUGCUAGCCCCAGUGAAACUGUGAUUUGUAUCCAAAGCCUUUGAACUAACGCUGCUCAGUCUCACCCUUUGUAUCAAGACAUAUCUACAGUACUAGUCACCCUUACGUAGUUUGUAAGUAAGACAGAACUCUAGAACUUGGAGCUGCUGCUACGCUAUGUGCCAAUGUUUUACAAAUGCUUUCUCAUUGGAGAUUUGAGUUAUUCGAUACUCGCCCUCAUUCGUUUCUAAAUUACAUAGUCAUAGUUUUGGUCUUGCAGUCUUCAAGAACUGUCUAUGCACUCUCAUAUGAGCAUCCGAACACCACAGCGGUUGACACUGUAUACCUCGAUUAUAUCAUGUACAAUGUUUGCAGAAUGGCAAUGGUCUUCAUUUCUACCAUACUCUACUGUCAAAUAAAUACAUGGCAUUUUAAA